AUUGCCAUGGAGUUUUGCAACGGCAGCCUGCUGGCUAGGUGUGCCCCCCUGAUGGAGCCGGAUGAGGAGGAAGGGGUGGUGAUUUCACCACCACCGUCACCUCCAGGGGUUGGGGCUACUAGUCCCUUCAUGCCUGUCACCCUGCGUGUGACGCUGGCCACCAUCAUGAUCUUCAUGAUCACCAUUGGUUUCCUGGGAAACGCUAUCGUUUGUCUGAUCGUCUACCAGAAGCCCGCCAUGCGUUCCGCCAUCAACCUGCUCCUCGCCACACUGGCGUUCUCUGACAUCAUGCUCUCGCUGCUCUGCAUGCCCUUCACUGCCGUUACCAUGGUUACGGCCGACUGGCACUUCGGGGGAGGGUUCUGCCGUGCUUCCGUUAUGCUUUACUGGCUCUUCGUCCUGGAAGGCGUGUACAUCCUCCUCAUCAUCAGUGUAGACCGCUUCCUAAUCAUCGUUCAGAGGCAGGAUAAGCUGACACCGCACCGCGCCAAGCUGCUCAUUGUCGCUUCCUGGGCGCUGUCCCUCUGCGUGGCGCUACCGUCUGUGAUCGGCUGGCGGGCAGGCACGGCGGGUGUGACAGGCAUUGGGGAGGCCUGGGCGCCACAGUGCGUGCUGGGCUACAGUGAGUCGCUGUCCGACCGCAGCUACACGGUGCUGCUGGUGGUGGCUGUGUUCUUUGUGCCGUUCGGCAUCAUGCUCUACUCCUACCUGUGCAUCCUCAACACGGUGCGCCGCAACGCCCUGCGCAUCCACAACCACACCUACGACCAGGCCAGCCUUCCGGCCCUCAACCAGGUCAGCAAGCUGGGUCUUACCGGCCUGCAACGCCCCCCCCUGGUCAAUGUGGACAUGAGCUUCAAGACCCGUGCCUUCACCACCAUCCUCAUCCUCUAUAUCGGCUUCUCUGUGUGCUGGCUACCCCAUACCGUUGUCAGUCUGCUGGCCGUGUUCAGCCAAAGGUUCUACUUCAGCCCGGCUUUUUACCCUGUCAGUGUGGGGGCACUUUGGCUCAGCUACCUGAAGACGGUGUUUAACCCCGUCAUCUACUGCUGGAGGAUCAGGAAGUUCCGGGAGGCUUGUUUGGAAUUUAUGCCCAAGAGCUGCAGGCUGUGUCCCAGGUUGCCGGGCCGGAGCCGCAGGAGGGUGAGGCCCAGUAACAUCUACGUGUGCAGCGAGAUCCAGUCGGCUGUGUGA